UGUGUUUAUUUUGAGUUUGCACUGGAAACGUAUAUAAUAAAUUGCAGCAAUUAAUCAAAUCCUAGUCAAUACUCACAAUUCAUCGAGAGAAGAUGAAUCCAGUUCUUAUCAUGGUCCUCGGGUUAUCGAGCUUUUCCAGUAGUGCUCGUAUACUGGGUGUUUUCCAAGUUCCGGCAGUGAGUCACCAAAGUGUGUUUCGUUCAAUAUGGAGGGAGUUAUCUUUGAGAGGACACAACGUAACCGUUGUGACACCUUUUCCACUGAAUGACGAUUCUUUGGUGAACCUUACUGAGAUUGACGUUAGCGAUCCCAACAAGGAAAUCUUCGAGAGGCAUGGAUUCCAGUUUUUCAUGAACAAGGAGAACUAUGUCCAGAGCAAGAUAACGAAGCUAUUUGCCAUGAAUUAUGAAUUAUCUGAGGCCGUUCUCAGCAAUAAGGAGUUUAUUGAAGUUUACAAUAAUAGUGAGCAACAGUUCGAUGUCGUGAUAGCACAGACUUAUAUUUCUCCAGUAUUGUACAGCCUAUCAGCAAAGUUUGGGGUUCCGCUCAUUGGGGUAUCUUCGAUGGGAGGCUACAUCGGCAGUCAUUUUGCAAUGGGAAAUCCGCAACCUCCAUCUUUAUACUCAGAAAUGUUCCUUCCUUACCACGGCCAAAUGACGCUUUUGGAACGAGUUAAAAGUACUCUGUACUAUCUUUGGGUCAGGUUUUAUCGCACGUUUGUAGCAUUACCGAAAUGCGACGCUAUUGCUAGAAAGUAUUUGGGAAAUGACUUGCCGUAUAUAGAGGAUAUUGAGAAGAAUAUGAGUUUGCUACUUUUGUCCACCAAUCCGUUUCUUUAUGCACCAAGACCAACAGUACCCACUGUUAUCAGUUUGGAGCAGAUGCACAUUGGUCCAGUUAAGCCGCUUCCACAGGAUUUGAAAGAGUUCCUUGAUGAGGCAGAUGAGGGAGUAAUCUAUUUCAGUUUGGGUUCAAAUGUCAAGAGUGUCAAUAUUCCUGACAGAGUGAGAGACACUUUAAUGGAGGCUUUCUCAGACUUACCAUAUACAGUUCUGUGGAAGUAUGAAUCUGAUAUUUUGAUCAACAAACCAAAGAANCACGUUGAGAAAACCAAAGCAAAAACAUGCAAAAGCAUACUGUUUUUGGAUUCUGACAACAGAGGUCGUUUCUGA